UUAAUAGCGCCGUUUUCUUCCACAUCGGCAUGCUGGAACGCUCCAAAUGGGUAAGCGGAGCUGCAGCCUCAGCUUGAGAGGAGGACAAGGCGUAGCCAGGCCUUACCAACCCACACACAGGUUUUGCUGGCCCUGAGAUUUUUGGCAAGUGGCUCCUUUCAACAUGUCAUUGGAGACACUGCAGGUGUUACACAAGCCAGCAUAAGCCGGGUCUUGGACCGGAUUUGCACCGUCUUGAGUGACAAGUCGGUGCAAGAAAUCAAGAUGCCUCCUACAAAUAUUGAGCGGAGGAGAAUUGCUCGGAAGUUUUUAAGGAUUCAAAACUUCCCAAGGGUUAUUGGAGCCAUUGAUGGCACCCAUGUUGCCAUCAAGGCCCCAUCUGUAGACGAGGCCCUGUAUUUCAACAGGAAAAGGUAUCACUCCCUGAACAUCCAACUUGUUUGUGAUGCUGAUGGAGUGAUACUCAGUUACUGCUCCAGAUUCCCAGGUUCUACACAUGACGCCUUCGUGUGGGCCAACUCUGAGCUGAAACAGCGGUUUCAGGAAGGGGAGUUUGGGGACUUCCUGCUUGUUGGUGACAGUGGGUAUCCCCUUGAGCCCCAUCUCAUGGUGCCAGUGAGCAACCCCUCCACUGAAGCGGAGAACCGCUACAACAGGGGGCAUGCCCAAACGAGGGUGAUUGUUGAGCAGACGAUUGGGAUGUUGAAGAGUCGCUUUAGGUAA